GGGUCCACCAGUCCAGAGGGCAUGAGAUGGGCUGCGGUUGAGCUGGUCCACGGAGCUCAUUUCCCUGGAUUCCCUGGUGGCUCAGAUGCUGGCGCUGGAGCAGCGGUGCCGAGAGCUGCGCGCGCGGGGCCGCCGCCUGGAGCAGACGCUGCCGCGGCGCGUCAGCUCGGAGCAGCAGCGCGAGGCGCUCGGCCUGCUCUGCCGCGUGCACGAGCUGGAGCUGAAGAACGCCGAGAUGCAGUCGCAAGCCCUGCUCCGCGACGGCGCGCUCCGCCACCGCCGCGAGGCCCUGCGCCGCCUGGAGCAGCGCCGCAGCCUCUGCGAGGAGAUCAUCCGCGCCCAGCGGCAGCUCAUCCAGGACUGCAACCUGGCUGUGCCGCAGCAUCUGAAGGAGCUGUACGAAGUGUACCUGCGGGAGCAGGAGGAGGGCAACCUGGAGCGUGCCACCAUGAUGGACCGCCUGGCCUCUCGGGCCCUGCAGGACAGCGCCUUGCCCAAGAUUAGCCCCCCGGGAACCGUGCCGACCCGGAGGAGUCUGACCUAGAGAGCGUCAAGAUGCCAAACUCCGAGUCCCCACACCAGCACGGAAGCUUCCUCCUCUGCUCGGCACUGAGAGGUGAGCUGAGGACCACUUCCAGCCAUCCAGCCCGCCUGAGCCACCAGGCCAUGUCUCAGAGAUGCCAGCCCAGACCUGGCUUCCCAGGGAGGAUGGAGCAGGAAAGAGGGGAGGGGGGCACAGAUAUGGAGCCAGGACUUUGGGGUCCUCGUUCCCACAAUGCAACAGUUCUCAGGAGGGGUGGCGCUGGGACCCCCGUGGUACCAGCCUGGGCAACAGCUGCCCAUCCUCCUCUGCCGACCUCAGUGAAGCCAAGCACCCGUUCAAGGCCAGCUCCCGGGCCUGGCAAGCGAAGGGCUCCUUUAUGCCCACCCCACCCCAAAUCCCGGCUGUCAACCUGGUGAUGCAGGAGGUGAGCAGUGGGCCCCACGGGUCCCUGGAUGUGGGCGGGAGUACCCGGGAGGGACACCCAGUGGUUGGGAUGGAACUUUUCCAAAACAGCCCUCUGAGGACAUAGGGUUCCUGCUGGGUCCAAUGGCUUCUCUUCCCAACCCAUUCAUCUCACAAGCUGCCACUCAGGUCGGUCUGAACGGCCAGAUCAACUCCUCCCCUGAAAGCAUCGAGAAUCUGUCGGAGAUCCCCUUGUCCCUCAAAGGUGUGUCCCCUGCCUCCCCCAACCCCCAUCAGCCUGAGCCUGGCAUGAUCUCAAUAGCUCAGCGCACCCAGCCGAAGCCUCUUCCUUCCCUCUCCUCUGCUGAACACACCCAGGCAUCAUUCUAGAAAGAGAGGCACCAGUACCCAGAGAAGAGUAACCACCUGCUCUGUCCACACAGAGCAGGGGACACAAUUGGAAACAGAAUGGGGAACACAUGGCCCUUGGGGUCAAGCCCCCUCCACUUCCCACUCGGAAAUAACUGUAAUAGCAAAUAGAGUCCGAAUCCUCCCUACCCUGUGGCCACAGGUGACCCUCAUAGCUCAGCAAUCCAUCUUCAGAACCUGGGACUUCCCUGGCAUUCCAGUGGUUAAGACUCAGCACUUCCACUGCAGUGGGUGAAAUUUCGAUCCCCAGUCAGGGAACUUAGAUCCCGUAUGCCGUGUGUCAUGGUCAAAAAAAAAACCCUUCCCAACCCACUGAGGCUAGUUUUACCAUCGUCAGUUUACAGAUGAAAAAAAGGCUCAGAAACUUGCCCAAAGUUUCUCAAACAGCAAGCAAGUUGGGGUGAGCUGCAGCAGAGAAAGGGGUGUUGGAGGUGCAGGAGGGCGGGGGGAAAUGUGGCCUUGAUCCCGGGGUGGGUGCCGCUCUGUCCUGCCGCAGGGAGGAAGGAGACCACAGCCGACACCAAGAGCAUCAGCGGGAAGGCUGCCCG